AUGACAUGGUUGGUCAUAAUACUCUGCUUCCUGGGAUAUAUUGCAGCCCACAUAGCGGAUAUUUCCGUUCAAAACCAGAGCCUCAUGGAUAACGAGUUACUUCACCUUCUUCUAAAACUGCGAAAGGAGGACUUUUACGAUACAUUGCUUGUCUAUGGAAAGGAUUGUGAAUUUCAUUCCCUGAUUAGAAAUGUAGAUGUUGCCGUAGUGCUGGUGUCUGAUAGCAUGAAUUUUGAUUGGAAUUUCAGCAGCCUUACUCUGAUACUCAGUUGUGGAGAUGACAUAGAAAAUGGAGGACCUUAUAGUACUUCCUUAAAGCUGCAACGGAACAGGAGACUGGUUUUAUUAAAAGAAAAUUUUCAACCAAGUAAUAUUUGCAAUAUAUACACACAAAAGGAGCAGUAUAACAUAGCCUUGGUGAGAGAAAGCUUUUCCAAAUCAAAUGUCAUAUACACUUGUCGCUAUUUUCAAGAUCCUAACGUGGACGAAGUAAAUUUAUCAGGGACGAAGCCAAUCUUUAUAGAACAAUUCCAAAAUAUGAAGGGAAAAGCAAUAAGAAUUGUGCCAGAUCGACUACCACCUCGAGUCAUGCUGUACCAGGAUGCAAAUGACGGUGAACUGAAGAUGAUUGGCUAUGUGGCAAACUUAAUCACUAACUUUGCACAAAAAGUGAAUGCCACCUUGCAGAUAGACUUUUUGAAACCUUCUGCGAGCAUCACAGAGAUAUCAAGAAUGGCUAAGGACGAUGAGCUUGAUAUAGGCAUUACAUUAGAGGUCUCAUUAUAUACAGCAAAUCUUGAGACGGCGAGCUAUCCCUACCUUUUGACAUCUUACUGCCUUAUGGUUCAGGUUCCGGAAAAGUUGCCGUACAAUCUAGUCUUUGCCCUGAUUUUGGAUCCGCUCGUACUGGGAAUAAUCUUUGUGUUGUUCCUCCUGCUAUCUGUCCUGCUAAUAUAUAGCCAGAAAAUGUCAUGGCAUUACCUGAGCUUGGCCAACAUAUUACUUAAUGAUAAGAGCCUGCGAGGUCUCCUGGGCCAAUCCUUUCCCUUUCCUCUGAAUGCUAGUAAAAAACUGAGGCUGAUAUUUACCAUUCUAUGCUUUGCAAGCAUUAUGCUUACAACGAUGUACGAAGCCUAUCUGCAAUCGUUUUUCACGGAUCCCCCAUCUGAACCGCACAUUCGCUCCUUCAAGGACAUUGGUAAGCUUCGUCAUAAGACUAUCAUCACCGAAAUUGAGGUAAACGUGCUGAUAAGGACUAACAAUACACAAUUUCUGGAAAUUCCAAAGAAACACCUAUGUAUCUAUGAGAAUUGGAGGGAUUGUCUUGCGAUGCGUGAUAACUUCAACCUUACCUAUAACUAUUUGGUCACUGAAGACCGUUGGAGCUCCUUUGCAGAACAGCAGAAGCUCUUCAAGAAGCCAUUGUUUUACUACUCGAAUGAUCUCUGCUUCUCGCGCAUGAUCUUCUUGUCAAUUCCCCUACGUAGGCACCUUCCUUAUCGUCAUCUCUUCGAUGAGCACAUGAUGCGACAGCAUGAGUUCGGAUUGGUGAACUACUGGAAGAGCCACAGCUUCUUCGAUAUGGUUAGACUUGGUCUAACGCCUCUCAAGGACCUGAGUCAGCCAGAGAUGUUCAAUCCAAGCCUCCUAAUGGAGGAUAUCUCUUGGAUAAUGAAACUAUAUCUCGUCGCCAUAUCGCUUAGUGUUUUCUGCUUUACGUCGGAAAUAGGAUGGGUAAAGUGGAAGUGCUGGCGGCUUUCGAGAAAUUAA